AAAGCAAAUGUGACUGAAAUUCUAAAUGGGCACAAAGGAAGAGUCAACUGUGUGCAGUGGGCUCAUAGAGAUGAUUGUGGUCCUGAGACAGAACUUGUGUCUGGAGGAUCUGAUAACCAUCUAAUUGUUUGGGAGUUGCAGAAUUUUAAGUUUGCAGUCUCCACCCAGCUAGAAGGCCAUUCAGGAGCUGUGUGUGCUGUAACAGCUAUUUACAAAACUGUUAACUUGGACGAACAUCAGAAACUGCUGAUCGCUUCAGCAGCAGCGGAUUCCUCUGUCAGAAUUUGGACAAAACAAGGUUCUGUGGGUCAAUGUGUACAAACCCUGAUGUUCGGUAAUGGAUUUAUGAUGGAUGUUGCAUUAGCACAAUUACCAGGCAGUGAUGCUGUAAUUCUUGCUUGUGGUGGCGAUGAUAGCAAAAUUUAUUUAUUUGUCCGAGAAGAUGGACAGGUAAGUUGACAAGAAAUUUGUAUUUAUGCAUGUUAUUAAUACCAAUGGAGUUUACAUUUAAUUUGUAAUCCAAGCAUUUGCCAUUUUGAGUUGAUUAGUUACUUGUAAAGCAACAAAUCUUGAUCUUGCUAUUCAGCUAGCGUGUAUUUCGGAGGAAUGUCAAUAUGCAGGUGCAGGAACGUUUGUGACGGACGCAGCUCUGCCUUCCAGUUGGAAGGACAGCCUAUUUAGUCAGCCUUCCAUCAUUCAGUGAAGUUGUGGCUG